GCAAAUCUCUCCAGCCAACAAAGGAGACAAGCUGUGCCGGACCACACUGCAGUGCACCACCCUCACCAUGGAGCGACAGGACCUGAAGGACAGGGUGGAGUGGGUGAAGGAGGCUGGGGCCUACAAGCCAGACGUCAACGGGAAGCGGGUUGAGCUGACAAAGCCGUUCUAUCUCACACCGGCCGCCUCCGAUGACAGCAAGGGCCCCGUGGCCGGUAAAGGCCCCGUGAUUGAGGUGCCGGCGACAGACGCCACUGCCAAGCAGCAGACGGUGCCUGGUGAGCCCAUCCUUGAGGCCAUCCGUGCCCGUGAUGACCUCAAGACCGUGUCCAUGGAAGGCAACAGCUACUCAAAGCCCUUCUGCCAAGCCUUGGCUCACGUGCUCAGCUCAAAGACCACCAUUGAGCGAGCCCUCUUCAACGACAUGUUCGUGGGCCGCAAGAUCCCGGACAUCCACCCGUCCCUUAAGUUCUUUGCAGAGGCGUUUCUCAACUUUGACAACCUCACAGUCCUCGACUUCAGUGACAAUGCCGUCAACCCGAGCGGCGCGGAGAACAUUGCGCCGCUACUGUCGCAGUGCCUCACCCUCAAGGAACUCUACCUCAACAACACCGGUGUUGGCCCGGCAGGCGGAGAGACCAUUGGCAAGGCGCUGCAGGCGGCACAUGCACGUGGCGUGCAGUUGGGCCAGCCGUAUUGCCUGGAGAAGUUCGUUCUUGGCCGCAGCCGCCUUGAAAUCCCGGGCUGCCGGGAAGUCAGCAAGGCAUUUGCUCGUAUCCGUACCCUGCGCGAGAUCCGCAUCAACAACAACGGCAUCUUCACGGAGGGCCUGGUUGACUUUGCACAGGCCGUGGCCAAGUGCCCCAACUUGGAGGUGCUUGAAGUGUCAGACAACCACCUCAAGACGCGGGCAGGCCUCGCCCUCGCAAAAGCCCUCCGUCACCUCAAGCGCCUGCGCGUGUUCAUCUCCAGCGACACGGGUCUGCAGGACCGCGCUGGCCUGGCCAUCGUCGACAGCCUUGCACACACGCCGAUCAGCGUUCUCAACCUCGCAUACAACGAAAUGAGCAAGAAGGUGCUUACAAGGAUCCUGACCAAGCUCAACGGCAAGACGUUUGAGCUGCUUGAUGUGCAAGGAAAUGAGUUUGGCGAAAACGGAUACGCGCAGCUGGAAGACAUGUUCCCAGGCGUGAUGCCUGAGGAUAUGGACAUUGAAUCUGAGGCAGAGGAGGCGGAAGAUGAUGACGACGAGGACUACGACGAUGAAGUCAUCCCAGACCUCUCUCCAGUGCCGACCCGCCCAGCAGCCGCAGCACUUGCGGCAGCACAAGCACAGCCUGACAAUGAGGAGGAGGAAGUGGACCGGGCUGUUGCCUCAAUGUCUCUCUCCUCCACCGCCACCGCCGCCUCCGUCUACGGAACAACAGCGCCUAUCCCGCUUCACAACAUCAUCCCCACACUCAAGACGUCAGACAACAAGGCCGCCUUUGUGCGCAUGGCGCUGGAGCCGUAUCUCGUGCAGCCCACGGCCCUCAGCACGCUCUUCUUCGAGCUGUGCGACACGACGGACGGGAAGGUGACGCCUGCCGCUGCCGAGUAUGUCGACGCGUUUAUGCGGUUUGUGCUGCAGCACAACGCGAGCGCUUUCAUCAAUAGCGUGCUUGUUGGCCUUGGCUUGCUCAAGCCCGAGUACGUGUGUGCCGGGCGCGGGAAGAUGCGGGCGCUUGAAGAGAGGAUUGAGGACAGCCGUCUGCUGCCUGCAUGGAAGGUUCUGCAGCACUGCAUCGCACAGGAGUAUGCUGCUGGUGUUCGGUCGAUGGUCGCUGCGGUUGCGAGCGACGAGAGCAUCCAGCAGCGCAGUGCGUCUCGCUUCCACGCGUUCCUGCAGCAGACGCUGUACAUGACAGCACCAAAGCACCCCGUCAACGCCCUUCGCAAGGCAGUCGUCGCCGCUGCCACCGCGUCGUCUUGACCAUGAGGAGAUGACGCCUUUGUAACGUCCUGUGUUACGUCGCAUGCUCGUGUUGCGCACUGUGUGAUUGUAAUGUGAUGUGAUGCGAUGUGAUGUGUGUGUGUGUGUGUGUGUGUGUGUGUGUGUGUGUGCUGAGACAUUGAACGAAGCAAACGAAGCAAGCAAA